AGUAGAUUCUCUCGCUUUCCAUUUGGAAGCAUUGUUCCUAUUGUAUUGUUCUCUCUCUUUUACCAACUUUUUUUUUUUUUUUUGCGCUCUCUCUCUCUCUCUCUCGCUCACUCCUUUUAAUGCCUUUCUGACUUCUGAGUCCUCCAGAAAGGGGUCUUUUUUUACUAACAGCUCUUAAAAGGGGUCUUUCUUUGUGUGCUUAUCUCAUACCCGUCACCUGUGGACGUUUCCAAGUCUUCUGGUUGAUAUGAAAGAGCUCGACUUAUAACAGUUCCUGUAACGUCAUAGGAGCUGAUGUUAAUAAAAUCAUGCAGCUAUAUCAUCACCCAUACUCUUUGGAUAGCCAAAAGGUGAGACUUGCUUUGGAAGAGAAAGGCAUUGAUUACACGUCAUACCAUGUCAAUCCCAUAACAGGCAAGAAUAUGGACUCCUCAUUCUUCAGAAUGAAUCCGAGUGGAAAACUUCCAGUUUUCAAGAAUGGUUCUCAUAUCAUUUUCAACACUAUUGAGAUAAUCCAGUAUAUAGAAAGAAUUGCUAUUGUCUCGUCAGGCGGUGGUGUUUCCUUUAGUGGCAGAGAAGUUGUUGAAUGGAUGCAGAAGAUACAAGACUGGAACCCAAAGUUCUUCACACUUUCCCACAUCCCAGAGAAGUACCUCUUCUAUGUGUCCAAAUUCAUAAGGCGGGUGGUGAUUGCUCGGAUGGCUGAAGCUCCUGAUCUAGCAGGAGCUUACCAUCAUAAGCUGAGAGAAGCAUAUGAGACAGAAGACGAGUUGAAAAACCAGGAUGUUUUGCGAGUGAACAAGGAGCAUUUAAUUAGACUUCUUGAUGAAGUUGAAACACAGUUGAAUGAAACAGCAUAUAUAGCAGGGGAAGAGUUUAGCCUGGCUGAUGUAACGCUCAUUCCAGUACUGGCUCGCUUAGUACUCUUGGAUUUGGAAGAUGAGUAUAUAAGGAGCCGGCCAAACAUUGCUGAGUACUGGCUUUUGGUCAAGCAGAGGCCUAGUUAUAAAAAGGUUAUUGGGAAGUACUUUGAUGGCUGGGGAAGGUACAGAACGCUAAUAAGAACAUGGUGCUUUGUUCGUAUCAGAAGUAUGCUAAAAAGAUAUUGACUGAAGUACUUAUAGCUCUGGGUUGAUAGAAUGAAUAGUGAGAUAAAUGUAAGGGAAAAUUCUGAGUUCGAUUUUCUUCUUUUAUCUCUUUCUCAUGGUGUUUCUCUUUGUUGGUGGUAAAACAUGGAUUUGAGUCAGUAAAGAUGAAGUGUGAAAAAGGGUGGGUUAUUAACACCAUAUCGGAAGUUAGAUCUUGCAGCAAAAUUUUUUAUGUACUCGUGAGAUUAAAUACAGAGGAAAAAAGUGCUUGGAGAUUAUGUAUUUACCUUUUUUUUUUUCCUCACAAAACUGAAGAACAGGUGACAAUUACCAAAGAUAUAAUCGAUUGAUUGCUCCAACCUGAUGGAUC